GGCGCCCCCCCGCCCUUCCCCGGCCGGCCCGCGGCGAGGGAGGCGGCGGCGGCGGCGGCGGCUUCCGGCGGAGCCCUCACCAAAGAUGGUGGCGGCCGAGCGGGCCCGGCGGGGGCGCCGCCGCCGGUAGCUCCCCGCUUCCCUCCCGUUGCCAAAUGGAUGCCAGAGACAAGCAGCUUUUACGCUCCCUGCGCCUGGAGCUUUGUACAGAGGUGCUGGUGGAUGGACUGGUUAUUCAGUAUCUCUACCAAGAAGGGAUUCUCACAGACAGUCACGUUCAAGAGAUAAAAUCCCAAACCACAAGUCAAAGGAAAACCAUGAUGCUCCUUGAUAUUCUCCCUACUAGAGGACCCAAAGCUUUUGAUGCAUUCUUGGAGUCCUUACAGGAGUUCCCGUGGGUCAAAGACAAGUUGAAGGCGAAGCGUAAGGAAAUGACAGUACAAGAUCCUGCAGACAUAACUGAAAUUGCACCACGUAUUUUGAAGAGCUCACCAACAGAUCAGCAGAUGAACAAGCUUGCAAAGAGACUGGGACCUGAAUGGGAGCAUAUUGUUCUGUGCCUGGGUUUGUCCCAUACUGACAUCUAUCGAUGUAAAGUCAAUCACCCUCACAAUGUGCAGUCACAGAUUGUAGCAGCAUUUGUCCUGUGGAGACAGCGUUUUGGGAAAAAAGCAACAAUCCAAAGUCUGCAAGCCAGUCUGAUGGCAGAAGAAGUGGAUCCUUCUGUGAUACAGUACAUGCUCGAGUGAAGCCUUGCUUUGGGAGCUUUCACACACUUUGCUAAAUUAAAUACAGAGGAUUCACUGAGAUGUAUUGAAGAUCUGGUGCACCAAACUGGAAGAACUGGGAUUGAGAACUGUGAUUUUAUUAAGCUUAUACAUUCCAGUUUUCUGUGGCAUCUUGUGAUUUAUAAUUCCUUUCAUGCCAGAUUAAUUUUUAGCAGGCAUUAAAAAAUGGAUCACUC